AUGGUAUAAUGCCUGGGGUUUAAGCAAAAAUUGGAUGGUUUUCAGAGGGUUUUGGCGAUCAGAGCGAGAAAAGGAAAAAGAAAACAAAUCAUUUUAUUUUUUGGUGAGAAAAAUUAAUUGUCAAUUUUCAGGGAAAAUCCCGAAUGGCUUUUGUUGAAAAAAACACAGAGAAGAUUUCCCUUUCGUCUUCUGGAGGAAAAAUGGGGUAGAUAAUAGAAUCUCUUGGAAAUUGAUUCAAGAAUGCUGUGAGUUGCAUAUGAUGUGUUCGAUGUGAUGCAAUUAUUGAGACAUGGUGUUGCAGAAGAGGUUGGACUAUGGAUUCAGUGGCUAUCAGGUGCCUGCUAUUCCUAGAGCAACCAGAUCACCCAGGAAAAGAGUUCCAUUUAUAAAGAAAGUUGAAGGCAACCAGAUAAGUGCAUUUGAUUUGCUUGCCACUGUAGCUGGAAAGUUAUUGCUAGAUAAAGAAAGUGCUCCUGCUUCAAAUAAUUCAUGGAGUGCUGAAGCUGAAGAUCAGUUAGAAAUUGAAACAAAUACCGUGAAAGAGGAAAGGGGGGAUGGAAAUCAGUCAUUGAAGCUAGAAACUUCCAAUCAAGACAGCUCUAUUGCUGAAUUCUUUGUUUCUGAACUUGUUCCGCAAACUAGUGAUCCAAACAAUAGUUCUAAUGAAUCCCCUAGUCUUCGAAACGGUGCCCUCAUGGCAACUUCUGAUUGCUUAGAAAGAUUUGAUGCUCAGAAGUUGAUGAAUGGAAAAAUCAAGAAUGAAAUGGGAGGUUUGGCUUGUAAUGUAGAGACAGGUCCCUCAUUGUGUGGAACAUCUGGUGAUUGUAUUAAACCCGCGUCUGAAAAUAAAGUGUCGACGGAUGAGGAACUGUACAGAACUGAUAAGGCUUCGAUUGGAGAAGUGACUGAUAAGUGUCCCUUAGAGGAUGCACUGGUCUUGGAUGUUAAACCCUCUGCUCUAGUUAGUUCAGACACUAGUAUUCAGGCGUGUUCAUAUGGGGACCACAAUCCCCUUGUUCCUUUUCCCAGAAAAUGGGAUGAUGUAAAUGUAGUUAGUAGAGAUGAUGAUGAAAAAUCUAGUCCCCUAAGAGAACCAUUUAGGUCAACCCCUCAUAUUGUAGACCGAAGAAUAAGGAAGAUUCUAGCUUCUAAAUACUGGAAGGUAUCUCCGAGGUCGAAGAAUGUGAUAUAUUCCAAUUAUGAUAAGAACUUGAAGUCUGGUUACCGCAAUAGGAGUGGUUAUAAGCGCUUAAGAGCUGGAAGGAACUAUCCUUUCAAGAAGCGGAAGUUUCUUUACUGUAGCUCAGAGUUGAAUUCGGAUGGAGGAACCGGCAGUGAAGGCAUUUCUGAUUCACCUGAGAAGAACAACACCAAAAAGGCUUCCAUUCUAUAUUCAAAUAUGCAUGGAGUCACCAAAGAAUCAUCUUCACUAGCAGACCAACACAAAUCAUUCAACUCUAGGGAUUCCAACGUGAAGCUCAGGAUCAAAUCUUUCAGGGUGCCAGAAUUCUUUAUUGAAAUUCCAGAGUCUGCAACUGUUGGUUCAUUGAAGAGGACUGUAAUGGAGGCAGUGACAGCGAUACUUGGAGAUGGAUUGUGUGUUGGUGUACUUCUUCAAGGAAAGAAGGUUAGGGAUGACAAUAAAACUCUGCUGCAGACAGGAAUUUCUUGUGAUAAUCAGAUGGAUGUUCUGGGUUUUAGUCUGGAGCCUAACUCCUCUCAUACUUCCCCUUUGUUAUCCCCUGGAGGUUCUCCCUUAAAACUUCGCCAUGACACUCCACUACUUCUAGCUAGGAAUCCGGCAAAUCCUGGUUUAGUUAAUCGGGUUACUUGCGAUCCCUCACCCGAGCCUCGCAUGCCUAAUUCAACCAACUUUAUUGAAAACUAUAAUAAUUUUGUAUCCUCACCUACUGACAUGUUUGACAAAAGCACAACUGAAUCUAAAGAAUUGGUAGUUGUACCUGCAAUGAGCAUGGAGACAUUAGCUGUGGAUCCAGCUCAUCAGAAAUCCAAGCAAUCUGUUGUUGCACAGCGAAGAAUUCGUCGACCUUUCUCUAUUUCUGAAGUUGAAGCCCUGGUUCAAGCUGUUGAGAAACUUGGAACCGGAAGGUGGCGUGAUGUUAAAUUAAGAGCUUUUGAUAACGCGAAGCAUCGCACUUAUGUUGAUUUGAAGGAUAAGUGGAAAACACUACUGCACACGGUAAGGAUAUCCCCGCAGCAAAGGCGGGGAGAGCCGGUGCCCCAAGAACUCUUGGACAGGGUCCUAAAUGCUCACACCCACUGGUCCCAGCAGCAGCCAUUACCGGAGAGCAGCGUUGUCUAUCUUAAUUCUACUAUGAUAGCUAGUAGCCAAUGUGAUGUUGACGAAAAAAUCUUAGGUUGAUGAUGGGUUUAGGAAACAUUGUCCAUUACUUUUUUUUCUUAAUGAUUUCUUGUAUCUGUAUUAUGAUUAAAAAAAAG